AUGGCCGCGACACCGUUAUACAGCCUCUUCUUCGGAACAUUCAUCCAUCUCCCCCGCCAGACGAGCCUAAACGGACCACAUACCCUCGAAAUCAACCACGGUGUUCUUUGGGUAUCGAGUGAAGACGGGAAGAUUAAGGGAUAUAACUGGGAUGUUCGCAAUGAGGAUGAUCUGCGGGAGUUUCUGGCGGGCAGGAUAUGGGGAAAUGAUAGGAUCACGGUUAUUCGGGCGAGAGAGGAAAGGAAUGAGUUCUUUUUUCCGGGGUUUAUCGAUACGCAUAUUCACGCCCCGCAAUACCCAAACUGCGGGAUCUUCGGCUCCUCGACGUUACUCGACUGGUUACAAACGUAUACCUUUCCGCUGGAAAAAUCGUACGGCGAUAGCAAAGCACCGGAUACCGUACCCUCGAAAGCAAUAACGAGCUACAACCAAGUUGUCUCCCGCACGUUAUCCCACGGGACAACAUCCGCAUGCUACUUCACGACCAUCCACGUCCCCGCGACGAACUACCUAGCGAGUCUAUGCCACAAGCGUGGCCAGCGAGCGUUUAUCGGUCGGGUUUGUAUGGAUAAUAAAGAUACCUGUCCCGCAGAUUACAGAGAUACCUCCGUCGACGAAGCCGUGACCGCGACAAAAGCGAAUAUCGCAUAUAUCAAAUCCCUGGAUCCGAACGGUGAUCUCGUGAAACCGAUCAUAACGCCCCGGUUCGCGCCCUCGUGUACACCGCAAGCAUUAUCGGAGCUCGGCGCGUUAGCAGCGGAGCAUAAACCCCCGCUACACAUCCAGACACAUAUCUCCGAGAACAAAGACGAAAUCGCCUGGGUGAAGGAACUCUUCCCAACAUCCGCAAACUACGCAGACGUCUACGAUAAAGCGAACCUGCUCACACCCCGGACAAUUCUCGCGCACGGAAUCCACUUCUCCCCUGAAGAACGUGAAGUGGUUGCUGCUAGGAAAUCAAAAGUCUCGCACUGCCCCGUGUCAAACUCUGCAAUUGGCUCUGGCCUGUGUCCCGUGCGCGUCCUGCGUGACGCAGGGAUAACAGUAGGUCUGGGAACUGAUGUUAGCGGUGGAUAUAAUCCUGGUAUUCUGGAGAGCGUGCGACAGGCGAUUCUCGUCUCGCGGUUAUUGCGUCAUACUGUUCGUGAUGGGGAUACGGACGAGAACGCGAAGAAUGUAAAAGAAGGACGGGAAAAUCUAAGUGUUGAGGAAGGGUUGUAUCUUGCUACGAGGGGUGGCGCAGAGGUUCUCGAUAUGGGGGGUGAACUUGGGGGGUUUGAGGUGGGGAUGUUUUGGGAUGCGCAGAUGAUACAGCUUGGAAGUGUUUCUCUGUCUACCUUUGCUUCGGAAACUGGUUCUGCUUCGAGGUCUGGCGUCUUUGGUGAGAAAACUGAGAAGGGUGAAUGCGUGAGCAACGUCGAUAUAUUCGGCUGGGAAAACUGGACAGAGAAGGUGCAUAAAUGGGUGUGGAAUGGCGAUGAUCGGAAUGUAAAGAUGGUUUGGGUUAGGGGGGGACUGGUUCAUGAGCGGGAUGAGCCUGAGAAGGGUGGGGAGAAACGGGGGUCGUCAUUUUGGGAGUUUGUGGGUGGGAAUGUGUUUGGGAUGGUUGGGAUUGGUGCUUUGGCAUAUUUGGGCAUCUUGAAGAUGAGUUGA